GGCAGGAGACAGCGGACGUGCCACUCUCAGGCCUCCGCGCGGCACAGCCCUUCGGACCUCCGCCCGCCGCCUGCUGCCCGGCCUCCGCCGGCACCCUGCGGGGAGAGCUCGCGGCAGCGCCCGAGAGGACCGGCCCGCCCCUGGGUGACCUCCACGGCGGGCAGGGCACGCCGGGCACCGCGGUGGCUGAGCGCUUUCCGCAGCCGUUUGUCUCUUGUCUCUUCCCGUUCGCAUGAGCAGCUGCUGCUGCGCAGCCCCUUCCCCGCCCGCCUCGGCGGCGUCGCCUCCUCCUCGCAGCUUCGAGCAGCGCGGCCCGACUUACAGAGCUGAAGAAUCACAAGUUGAAAUGAGUAUCCAAGAGACUGAUGUGCUACGUUGCUGGAGAUGUAGAAAAUACAUAGCAAAUUCUGUUUGCCUUGCAAAAUGUUAUGGAAAAGAACCAUCCGAUAUAUCACAGCAUUCAGCUGUUGCUCGGGAGUCUUGCAACGUAUGGCAUGUGAGCUUAGAAGCUAUUCCGGAGUGGGUUAAAUGCAUCAUUGAAAAGGCACAGUGGACCGUUGGAAAACUGCACUGUCCAUUUUGUGAGGCCCGUUUAGGGGGCUUUAACUUUGUUUGCAACACAAAAUGCUCCUGUGGUCAGCUAGUAAAUAUACAUUUCUGCAAAAGCCGGACUGAUUAUCAAGCAGCUUGCUCAGUUAAAUUGGCAAAGUCAGCAGGAAAAUGCUUACCUCUCUGUGAAAGUAAGUCUGGUUUUAGCAAGGGUAGCCACCAUGAAGUGGUAAUGGCAGUUUCAGAUAUCAGCCCUCAAGAGCUUUCGUACAUCACCAGGAAGAAUAACAACGAUACUGAAAGAUUUACAGAAGCACUUUGUCUAGAAGCAAGAUCUCCCAGAUUUGUGAUGGAAAGUAAAAAAUUUCCCUUAAAGGCAUUAAAUCAAAAAAGAAAUCUUUUAGCUUCCUGUCUGAAUGAUGCAUGCACACUAAAACCUUUUCACAGAAGAUCACACAGUUUGGAUUUAAAUAUCAGAGAGAGACUUGCUUUGUCACCUGUGUUAUUUGAAACUUCCAGUGUGGGACCAGUUUACCACAUGAAAUGGUCAAAUGGCCAAAAUGAAAAUCCAUCACUUUAUACACAAAAUGACCUGCAAUUGGAGUCUGAUAAUAGUGCUUUUCAGGUCCAAUAUACUUCAAGUGCUGGCAAACUACAAAAAAGUUUUCGAGCUUUGUCCUGUACCACAUUGGUACAUAGAGACACAGAUAGCGAUGAAUGUGAUUUUGAAGCUACCGGACAAUCUUCUGGGAAUGCCAUUGCUGAUGGGUCACCUUUUCUGAUGAACAUUUCUUCAUCUACAAGUGCUGUGGAAGAGGAACAAUAUAUUGCACCUGUGAGUCCUGUGCAGUCUACAGGUAUUUCUUUCAACCAAAACUUGAGUAAGAGAGAAAAAAACAAGUUGAAAAGCAUGAGGAGAAAACAAAGGCGGCGAGAACAGUGGCUACAGAAGCAAACUGCAAAUGAUAAUCUGCAUACAGACGAUGAGCCUGAACUCAGAGGAGAUAAGGAAAGCUAUCUCUGUGCAGUGUGCCUGGAUGUUUAUUUCAAUCCUUACAUGUGCUACCCGUGCAACCAUAUCUUUUGUGAACCAUGCUUAAGGAUGCUUGCCAAAGACAAUCCAGCCAGCACUCCAUGUCCACUGUGUCGUACUACAAUUGCCAGAGUCUUUUUCCAAACAGAAUUGAACAACUCUACCAAGUCCUUUUUCCCUACGGAAUAUUUGAAGUUACAAGAAAGUUUUCAAAAAUCUAAUUCUGCAAAAUGGCCUCUACCAAGCUGCAAGAAAGCUUUCAGAGUUUUUGAAGGCAGGGAUUGCAAGACAGAGCAGCAUUUUCAACUCCUGUUGUUACCAGUGGGAGCUCCUAACACUGCAGCAGGCCACAUCUGCCGUAUCCUUUUAGAUUAUCAUUCUUUAGAGAAAAAGAGCACAGAUUUCUAUGCAUUUUUUCAAAACAGGUAGAAAUAUUGUGAAAGAUUUUAUUAAUGCCUACUGAUACAUACCUUUAUCUCUGUCUUUAAAAAUGCACAUUGGAGUACAACACUAUUCUUCCUUUAUUUAAGGUUCUUACAGUGAUUUCAGCUAGAAAGACAGGAAAAAAAAAAUGCUAAACAUCUGUAAAAAUAUGUCUGUAAAAUCUCAUCAACUAGGUUUUUAAUUCAUUGUAUUUAUCCUUUUAAAAAGAAGGAAAAAAGAAGAGUGAUACUGUUUUUCAAGUUACUGGAACUGUGAUGUACUAAGAAUAGAAACAAAACAGUUGUUAUUGAAAAUAGAAGGUGCAACAUUGAUUUUAGCCAGAAAUAGUGGAGUGUAAGAAAUGUCUCCAUAUAAUUCUCAUAUUCAUAUUCAGUCUUACAUAAGUUAUUUCUCUUUGUUGCUGAAGCAGACAAAGUAUAGGAUAGGACAGGAGAGGAUACUCUGUUGUUAUGCAACAAUCAUACAUCAUUCUUAUUUUGAUAGUUUUUAGCUGCAGACAUUGGAGGCUUCAGUAGUACCUGUAGAGUUGUUCUAGUCUUAUAGCACAAUCUAUACUACCCUUUGUUCCUCUUAACUGUCCAGUCUCUUCUUCCCCUAGACUUUCUACUCCAUUCUUUCUUAUUGCACUUUUCUCUUUCCAUUAAUUUCCUUCCUCACUUAUUUAAGUUGUUUGUUCCUUUGUCAUACUACUCAAUUUGUGGUACCAUACAAUGCUUCCUGUCCAGAAGGCUUUUUUAGCUGAGAUCCAUCAGUUUAUUCAGUAUAGCUUGUGGAAUCACAAUUUACAUACAUGCAUUUCUUACAAGAUGAAUUUAUAAUAUACUGUCUUCACAGUAGGUGGAUUUCAUGCCUCAAGGAGACACAUGUUACUGAGACAUAUUGUUUUUGAGCUUAUGCCCAAAGUAUACCAGGACAGAAAGCACAGGAUCCAAGCAUUGCUGGUUGAAGGGGUCUUAUGAGGAAAGGAUGAGAGGCUGGGACUGUCUUGCCUGGAGAAAAGAAGGCUGAGAGGGAUCUUAUAACACUUCUAAGCCUAAAGGGCAGAUGUCAAGAGGAUGGGGCCAGGCUCUUUUCAGUGGUGCCCACUGACAGGGCAAAAACAAACAGGAGCACAUGAAGUUCCAUAUGAAGAUGAUGAAAAAAUUCUCUAUUUUGAAGGCAACAGAGCACUGGCACAAGCUGCCCAGAAAGGUUGUGGGUUCUCCUUUUCUGGAGAUAUUCAAAUGCUGCCUGGAUGCUUUCCUGUGCAACCUACUCUAGGAAACCUGCUUUAGGAAGGAGUUGGACUAGAUGAUCUCCAGGGGUCUCUUCCAACCUCUGUGAUUCUGUGUCUUAAUAUGUUAAAGAAAACUGAAUUCUAAGUCAUAUUUAUGUGUCAUCAGAGAUGUUUGUUUAACUAGUACACCUGCUGUGCCAAGAAUAUCAAUGGCUAUAAUUGUACAGCACCCAGGGUUGUGAUAGACUGACCAUAACAAAAUCCGGUGCCAUCGCCUUUCCGCAUAUAUUUUAUGACAUGUCUCUGAAUGAAUGUCAACAGUGGUGACAUAGGGAACUGAUUAUUGCUGCUCACCAGUAAGACAAGCUAAGAACUUAGACCUCUUACCCAACUGUGGUCCCACAGCUCGACUGGAUGGACCAAACCGAAAUUGCAGAGGAGUUAAAGGUAUUAUGAUUUUCACCCUACUGCUUACAAAUUCCAAAAGUGUUUUAAGGAGACUUUUUUGUCUCAAUAUGCUGUGUUUAGGAUGAGAGAGAAUGUUCUAACAUUCAUUAGUAGAUGAUUAUGGGAUAACAAAUAAAAGGACAGAAGUAAAUGAUUCAGUUUUCUCUCUGGAGAAACAUUAGCAGUCUGAUCCUAAAUGGCCUUAUGAUACAGCUUGCACAAUCCAGUUUAUUUGUUACUAGGAAUGGAGAUGAUGAACCUUGCUUCCAGAACUACUAUACUCAGGAUAAUAAAAGCGUAGGCCAUAUGGAAGCAGUUGCAUAAGGCUGUCGUGAUACUGUGUGAUCUUCAGCAAUGUCUACAUUCCUUUGCUUUCAUUAUAGAAGAAGGUAGUAAGAUGGAAAGGUAGAGAGAAGAUAAAUAAGGAAUUACAAAGUUUUGAAUGAUGUCCUAAUGAGGUGUGUGUAAAUAGACUAGGAUUAUUCAGACAGAACAAGAGAUGGUUAUGAGAGAAGGCUCUGGAGGUAAGUAAAAUCCUGAGAGGCGUGGCAGAAGUGAAUGAGCUGCUGUUAUUCACUGUCUCAUAAUAAAAGAAGUAGGGAACAUUAAAUAGAAAUAUCAUGUGGCAUAUUCAAAAUCAAUGAAAUCCAUAGACGUACAGUGUGUAAUCAGGCAGUGUAACUUACUGUUCCAAGUUGCCACAUAAAAAGCAUGUAAAGUUCUAUUAAGGAGGUUUACAAAGCGUGGCAGUUUAUUGCAAAAAAGAAUACAGUGAAGUCAAACUAAAGUAAACUAGACAGUAAAGUUAAAUUAAAAUCAAAUAUAACACAUUUGCCUGUGGAGAUCCUUGAGCUGUGCAUCUGUGGGAACUGAGAGAAUAUACCAGGAAAGUAUUGCAACGUGCUCACUCCAUUCUUAUACUCUUUCCUCACUGUUCAUCAUUUUCUCAUUGUUUGACCUUGUUAGAGAAAGAAUAAUAGGGUGAUAAGCCUUUGGUCUAUUCCAACACACCUAUUCUUUUGAGGUAUCUUGCAGUUUGAUGGCAACUGUAUCUUCAGUUACAAUUUUUACUUAGACAGCAUAAAAUAAUUAUAUGUAUUUAUCAAAUAAAAUUACAUAAAUACUUAGUGUAUGCCCUCCGGAAACAAUCAAGAACAAUACAUAAUCCUGCUUAAACCACCCUGGCUAAACUUGGGCAAUGGUGUUCUUUCAUCAUAGAAUCUGUUCAGAGCAUAAUAUAUACCAUGGGCUUGAUUUUAUGCCUUAUGUAAGUGUCUGCUGAGACUAGUUCUGCUAGUGACUGAUUUCUGUGAAUACAUGCCAGCAAAGAUGCCUUCUGUCUUCAUCAUCAGCAGGGAUUAGCAAGUAUCUUUCCAUGCAUUUUACUGGAAGUGAGGAAUGAUUCUUGCCAGCUAGGCCAAGUUGAAUGGGAAAAUAAAUAGAUUGUGGCCAUUAAACAAUGCCCAGUAAAAUUAAUUAUAUUUCUACUUAGCUGUGAACUAUUUUUAAUAAAGAUAAUGGCAGACAUGCUUCUCCAGUACACUCCUUCAAUACACUUAGCAGUAAAAUGCACUGUAUAGUGGAACAAUUUGUAAUAAAGUAGCCCCUGAAGAGUCUCCACUGAUGUAAGGAUAUCGUACCUUGAAAGUUAUGUUCGCUCGGUGUGCAGAGAUUUGAUUCAACACCCCUCAGAAAUCCCAUUUACUGUAAAAUAAAGAAGAAUCUGUGACUGAGAAGAGAUUAUAGAGAAUGUUGGAAGAGGACUCUAACAGUCAUCUAGUCCAGCCCCGCUUCUGUGGUUGCCUUCUACUAGAUCAGGUAGCCCAGGGCCUUAUUCAGUCUGGCCUUGAACACCUCCAGGCAUGGGGCAUCUGCAGCUUAUCUGGGAAGCCUGUUUCAUUCAGCUAUUAGAGAAAAAAAAAAAAAAAAAAAGAUGAACAUAUACAUUUUUUUCUGCUACCAUAUAAGCUAAGCAUAGCUUAUCUUAAACGUAAUUUAUUUUAAAUCUAAAUAAGGUCUUUCUUGAUAAACCUUUAAGUAACAUUUUUUGGUGAAAAUUUAUUUUUAGUUUUCCAAUGAACAAAUAUGACAGCUUUUCACACAGCUAUUUCUGUAAAACCUUGGUCAGCUUCUUAAAACUGUUUAAGUAAUGCCAGUAUUACAAGACUUUGAGCUCAAAAAACUAUGCCAGCCUUCUCAAGAUAUGGUUUUGCACUGUGCAUUUUUCACUCUCUGGAGGAAUUGGUAUUUCUUUUGUUUGCUCAAAUGAGAAGUAUGAAUUUCGUGAAUUGACACUGGCUACAAAUUUGAAUAUCAGUCGGUUUGAAGACAAUGGCAUGGCUCCAAGAUAGGUCAUUCACCAGUUUGACUGAAGAGGUUACAGGAGGCAUGCUGCCAGACAGCUAGAUGUGCAAAUGGAAAGAUUUUGUGGCAAUAGAAGCCUUCUCUUACAUAGAACUUAGUGAAGUUCUGGCAUGCCUAUGUUGUAUAUUGCCUCUGGCCUUCACUGUCACUGAAGUAGAGCCAAUCAUUUUACUUAAGAAAGUGUUUGCAUUACUGUUAUAUUAGUGUUCCAGUAAAAUUGGCUUAAAACAUUAAAUCUUAAAGCACUGAAAGUGUUGUGGUAAGCAAAACAUAACAAAACUCUUCAAAGUUUUUAUUAAAUGAUCAAUAAUAUUAUACCAGUAUAAUUUUUAAGAAAAUAUAGUAAUAGUGCGAUUUGAGAAAUAGCAUCUGAGGACAAAUUAUGUACACCAAACUGGGGACAAACAAUAUCCUAUUUAUGCUGUUCUAUACUUACUCAAUCUUGAGCUUUUGUAUUAACCCUUCCUUUAAAAAUCAAUAGCUGUUGCCUCUACACAUUUUUUUAUUGUAGCAUUCCCAAAAGAUGGAUGCUGCAAGGAAAGAGUAGUGAGGAAUAAAGCUAAGAGUGGUUAUUUCAACAAUAUGAUGUAAAAGGUUAAAGAAUCUUUUUAUAAUUUACAAGAGUUGAUGACAUGUAGUAUUUGAUCAGCUGAGGAGACGACAAAAUUAGAAAAAAAUAUAUCUUGCAACAUGAUUUUUAGAAGUAUUUGGUGAUAGGAAAGUAGGAGCACUGCAAGAAGUUGCCAGUGGUGGACAGAAUUUGAGACUGUGAUAACAAAGUGAAGAGACAGGGAAAUAGACAUGAACAAGGGAUACAAAGUCAAUAGGAAAAUACAUAUUGAGCUAGAAUAUUCUCAAUAAUUUCAAGCUGAUUUCUCAUGUUGGCUAUUGAUACACAUGCCAUAUAGAAUUAAAUAUUUCGAGGUUUUGUUUGUCAUUCCCUGGUUUUCAGUAUCUGUGCUAUUACAGUAAGAACAGAGAUUUUCCACAAGUUACAUUCACUGUAAAGAUACAACUCAUCUACAUGAAAGUGCUAAAUAAAGGGGAAAUAAAUGAGAAUUACAGUAACUGUAAUAUGUGUCAUAAAUAUGCACAUUGAAAACUUAGAAUGGUGUGCUCUUUACAAUUAAAGGAAUACAUCUGUUUGAUCUAAAAUGUACAUAGAUUGUGUAUUUAGAUCCAUGACAUGCUCUCACAAGGAUAGUGCAUAUUUUGCAUUCAUCAUCAAGGCCAUAUGGAUUGCAGUCAGGAGAACUGGGAUGGUGAAGAGUAAAAGCAUUAAAGAAGCCAAUGUUUCAGUUCACAGAGCUAGGGUACAACUUGAAAAAGGAGAACAUACUUUUCAAUUACUGCAUCUUAUUUUUAUUUCAUUACUCUUAAUUAAAUUUUCAAAUACAGUGGUUUUAAAUUAGGAGAGUAGGUUUUGCUGUAAAUAAUUUUAAAAAUCUGUCAUAUGGUGUACUGCCUGUUUUGUGCUUAGUGUGUUAUAGUUCAGGGGAAGGGAACAAAGCCAGCAAAUAAUGCACUUAGUGAUUUCAAAAAAAUCUGCUUACAAACUGGCUAUCAAAAUUCUUUCACAGUUCCCACGUUCUAACAACAUUUGUAUUGUGAAGCAUGAGAUUAGUUACCCCAUUUUUUUAUGCAUCCCAGUUCUUAGAUUCACCAAUUAGCCUGUAUUUGUGAAUCAAUAAUUACGGAAUAAUCAUAGAUGUCUGAACAGACAGACAACAUUUUCUAAGCUCAUUGUGUCCUCCCAUAAGCUUUUUGCUUGUUGAUUCAUUUACUUGAAGGGAAAUAAACAGCCCAUGACAGAAAACACAAGUUGUUCUAGCUUUGAUCUGAACUUAUUAGAGGGACUGGACACAGUAGCCUCUGAAUAUUUUUCAUGAAAUCAGUAAAUAGAAUUUCAGAUUUAAAGAACUAGCAGAAAUCUUAGAUGUGCAUCACUCUCCAUGUAAAAAUGUUUUUCCUUACAUGUAAUGUGGUUUUGUGGAUUUCUUCGUUCAUUUUAAAAGCUUUGUCUUGAUUUAUUUCUCAAUAACCUGAUUCUUUGAUGAGAUAAACCAGCUGGCUUUCUGGUUUGUGUUCUAAUUGGUAAGAGCUGAAUUAUUCAUCUAUAAAAUAGCAAUAGGUAACUUGCUUCAUGCAUUUUUAUUUGGUUAUUAAGAUUCAGAAUAUUGUUGUUGAUUUCUGACAGGCACUACAUUUAUGUCUUUGAAGUUGAACUAAUGGUGGGGAUGGUAGCUGUACAAAAAGCUUGAAUUGCAAAUAGUCUCCACUGAAUUCCACGAGGUGCUUUUUUAAUGGAAAAAAUAUCUCCUCUCUUUCUCUUGGACAGAGUAAAACUGUCAUAUCAUUUUUGUCAGGUGUAAGUAUUUGUAAUUUUUCUUUUAAUUAUAUUUAUGAUAUUUCAAAGAGGAAAAAUACUCCAAAUGAGCAGUUUCUUCCUUUCUGUCUGGAAGAAGUGAGAGGUGUUAGUUGUAGUUAUUAGCAGUAAAAGGUCAAAAGAUACGUUAAUUCAGGCAGGGGUUUUGUGAAUUAAUACGUAAUAUAGGAGCCUAGAGCCUAGGUUUAUUUAGAUUGCACAUAUCAGGUUUAUAUAGAUUGCUACAAAUAUAUAUAUAUAUAUAUAUAUCAUUUCUAAUUUUGAAAAAAACUGUAUGUUGAAAGGAUGAACGAUAUGGAAUAAAGCCUCCUAAGAGCUGUAACUGUUACAAGAACUUCUAUGAAUUAUUGUGUUUGUUCUCAUUUUAAGUGACUUUUGUUUCACUUGUGUAUACUGCCAUUCCAGUUGCAUGGAGAGUUCAUAAAGUUUUAAGAGAGUACAAAUGAUUUCUUGGUAGUAGUGCCAGUAGUUAAAACUGAUUCUGAUCAGCAAAGAGUAUUAUAUGAGUAACUGUAGGGCUACAGCUUUUAUAAACUUCCUGCUUCAACAGAUGAAAUGUAUGUCAUCUAGUGGCAUUGUCACAUUUUGGGACUUCUGCACAAUGUUUUCCUGUACACGAUGUUCUUUUCCUUACCUUAAAUGCCUUAGGAAAGUCACAAAACAAAAACCUAGCAUAACAAUGAAGAAUUUUGGUUCCUAACCGCUCUGCCUUAUAAAAAGGAGUGUUCCUUUGCAUAAGGAACAUAAAAUCUUGUGUUACCUGUGAAGGGCUUCAGUCCAUGGCUUUUUCAAAUUCUCAGUCAUCAGGUGCUUUUCUAGACUCUUGGUAGACAAGGUUUUGGACACCUUGAAAGGCAAUUACUGUGUGUUGCAUGCUAAGUUGCCUACAUGAUGCUGAUUUUUUUAUGUACAGAAGGACUCUGCAUCACAUGCACAAUGAGUUCAGUGAAUCAGCUUUUAGGGAUGUGCAAAUAGCUGCUUACAAACAAUUUAUCUCUGUGUAAAUUUAUCACAGAUUUCAGCAUUUAAACCAAAAGCUCCAUAAAAGCACUACAGCCAGUAAGACAGAAGUGAAUAUAAAAAUUCUCUGAUAGGGAUUAUAUCCAGAUGUUUUGAAGCCCAACUGCUAGCAUUAAGUAGGACUUGGAUUUUCAAGGGGGAAAAGGAGUGGAAAGAUGUUCAGGCCAUCAUAUAAUGUUAGUCAGACAUGAAUACAAGGUGCUGUCAGCCAGUGGGAGCCUGGAGGUGAAUUCAGAAGGGCAAGACCAGAGAAGUGUUCAAAAAGUGCAGAGGGAGUGUGAAAGGAAGGUAGAAGUUGGAUGAGAGUGGUUUUAGGGAAGAUGGUUGGGCUUUGCAGAGAGAAAGACUGUGAAACAGAUGGCAGAAUUUUUAGCAUACGAAAGCUAGGCAUUCUCAUGUGCAUACUUGGGCAAGAAGAGUUUGGAAUUUGAUGACUUUACGGAAAAGAGUGAGAUUUUGACAUCUCAGACAAUGAGUAUGCAGAUCUGAAGUGUCUGAGGCAGGAAGGGUAGGGAGGUUUUAGCUUUUCAUUCAGGAAAAGCUAAAACUCAGAAUUUGAGAAAGGCUUGUGAUGGGGAUGAGCGGCUGUUGAUUGAGGAAGUUGCUGGAUGCUUUAUUGAGUGUGGUGGAAGGUUUGAAACUGACUUGGAGCUUGGGACAUGAAAUUGGGAUUCAGUGGAUAAUCCUUGCAGACAUUCACAUGGAGUGACUGCCAUCUUCUCCUAAACAUCUAGCAACAAAUACUCUUUUCUUUGUUGGGAGUAACUUAGAACUCAUGGCUUGUUUCAACUAUUAAAUCUUACGCUGUUAACACAACCAGAAUAUGAGAGAGCAUGAUAUACACAUGGGAGAAGGCUGGUAUGUGUUUAAGAAAUUUAGGACAAACACUGGGAAAUUUCAUUUGGGAAACAGUGAAGGACAUGUUUCAUGAAAUGAAGUCUUUGAAGCAGGGCUCAUAGUAAGGAGAGCAGACCGAGGAAAGAUGGGCAAAUAUGCUGGUAAUAUUCUGGGACAGAGUAUAGCAAGCUGUACUAGUUUGUUGGAAUCCCACAGCUGUCUGCAUAAUUCAGAACAUUCAUCAGUUGUUUCCAAAAGGGAUACAGCAUGAUACUAAAUUAUCCAGUUCACUGAUGAUAGUAAUACAAAAAGUAUUUUCUUUAUCAGAAACUUGAAGGAGGCAACACGAUGCUCUUAUAUCAGGCAUGACAGUAAACUGAAGGAUUGAUCUGCCAUUCAGACAGAGUCAUGUAGACAGAUUAGAGCAAACUGAAAGGAAUCUCUGGAAAGAACCUGGGCAUCUUAAUGGAGAGGAAGCUGAGCUGGCUUCAUGCCCUAGUGCACUGUGCCCCAGCAAUACUCUGGGGUGCAGGAACAGGAGCAUGGCCAGUAGACGAGGGAAGUCAUUAUCACAUGCUAUUCAGCAGACUACAUCUGGAAUACUGAAAGUACUGGGUAGAAGUUGUUAAAUUGGAGCAGGUUUCGUGAAGGAACAGCGAGCUGCUCAUAAGGCCGGAGUGCCUGCCCUGUGAAGAGACUCUGAGGGAAAUGGGUUUGCUUUCUGUGGGGAAGGGAAGGUUUGGGGGAAGAUGUCCAGGCAGCACUAUACCUAUAUGGAAGUCACCAAGAUCACAGAGCUUCCUCUUCACAGUGGCUUGUGACAAGCAUGAUAACAUGAGAAACUCUGCAAAUAAGAUAAAUAUUUUCACUAGGAGGACGUUCAAGCAGUGGAGCAGCUGCCCACAGAAGUGACGCAGCAUUCUGAGCUGUAAAUUAGAUUAUUUCAUCUUAACAAAAGAGACCUGUUAAUAUAACGGUUAGUUUUCUGAAAAUAUUCAAUGCAUAGCCAUGGCCAGAAAGUAAAUAGGCACUGUUAGGUUCAUAACAAAAUGGAAAGCUUUGGUUUGUUAGCAAGAUUUGCGGUGAACCCACAUCUCCAAUUUUGCUAUAAUUGUGAAUCCAGUUCUCUUAAAGGAUAAAGCAGAGUGAGGAGUAAUAUAGAAAGGAGGGUCUGAAUUAUGGAAGUUUUUCCAUACAGAGGGAGACCACAACUUUUUUAUUUGGAAAAGGUUUUACAGAAAAUAUACAGGAGGUAAAAUUAUUACUGUUGUUUUAGGAAAAAUGUUAGCUCAGAAGUGUUCUUACAUUAGCAAUUAAAUCAUCUGUAAUGGAUAGGGAAAAACAACAGACACAGGACCAUAUGUCUACAUUUGCAUUUUAGGAAAGAGAUUAAUAACUUUCUUCUGAUCCUGUGGGCUGAAUGCCCAUUAGUGGUUGGCGCAUAUCACCAGUGCGUAUUUAAGCUCCUGGAGCUCAUCUUCUGGUUUAAUUCUACCCCCAGUGAAGUCAAUCUAUUUGCUCCAAGAUUAUUCCACAAAGGGACACAAACUGUGGUAAGUGGGCUUAAUGUGAAAUCUAGUUUGAAAGUAUGCAUAGUCACAUCUCAGGAAAGGAGGUCCCAUUGAUGAUGUUUUAACGCAUAGCUUCCAAAGCACUGAGUCCCUAACGUGUUCGUUGCUGCAAGGACACUGUGCCAAUCCAUGCUUGCUUUUUUUGUUAGUCUUUUGGGAGAUUUGUCUGCUACUGUUCAUAUCAAUAACACGAGACUGGGUCAAAAUGACAUCUGUGUAUCUGAAACAAUUGUUCUUAUGUAGUUUAAUCUUACAUGAGCAUUUACAGUGUAAAUGGUUAUUGUAGCCUGCAUAUUAAUCAGGCACAAUUUUAGAGUAAAAUGUGCCUUCUUAUUAUCUUUUCUUCUUCAGUUAUAGCAAAAUGAGUUCUGUCAAUUUAUAAAACUGAGAGAAUAUUUUAAAUUGCUCGUAGCCUUAUUUUGAGUAUUGAGCUAGUACCUCAAUGGGAUGCCACAAAAACUUCAGCAAGAACACAUACCACAGAUGUGCCCAUUCAUGUUCUGGUGCUAAUCCUUUAUUUGCUCAAUUUCUUUAUUACAGACAUGUGUUUUGCACAUAAUGUUGCUUUUGUUAUCCAGUGACUGGUUUCCACUAGCAAUCUUCUAGACUCUUCUGGCACUGUGCAUGUAUAUGGAUGUGAUUUAACUGGAAGUUCCUUUUUAGAGUAUAACAACACAGGCACAAAAAGGUUAAGGUAUACAUUUUAACAAAUACAUGUAUUUGUAGAAUUUUUUUAGGAAAUAUACUGAUCAAAUAAGGUUGAGUUUGCUUUUUAAAAACUGAGCAAAUACAUUUAAAAUUAUUUGGAGCUCUGUCAGCUGUUCUGUUUCAUAAUUCAAACCCUUUUUACAUGUUGCUGUACAGUUUUUAAGGAGCUUCACAGCUCUGAGUUUUUGUCUGCAGAUGGCUAGAAACAGAUGUAGAGACAGUUUAUGUCAGCUCUCGCUGGAGACAUAGACAUUUGAAGGUAUUUUCCAUGCCACAACUUAUUGAAGACAGUAGUCACAGUAUGGACUAUAGUGCCUGAAGGAAACUUUGGCAUGAUCAUGUAGGGUUUCUAAAUUUGAUCCUGUUUCUGUAAUGUACUGAAGUUUAUUUUAGAAAAUGCUUCAGGUCAAAGAAACAGUUAUUGUUCUUUGUUAGCCUCUACUAAGUUAAAGAAUUCAGUUUAAAGAGUAGUUUUAAUAUUGACAUUUUCAGCUGAAGCUUAAUCAGUGUAUGGGUGGUAAAAAAGAGACUAUUUUAAUAAUGGAUUUAAAAUGCAAUCCAUAUAACCAGCUGUCAACCUCCAAUAGCUUUACCCAUGCUCAGCAAAGCCACAGGGAUUACAUGUGUUGUACACUAACCAAUUCCUGAUUGUAUACGUAUCUUCAAUACAUCAACAGUAGUUUCUCUGUGGCUUUCUAUAGCAAGAACAAUACAGAGUAGUUAAUAUCCUGUACCCAUACAGCUGUUCUUGAAUGUAGAAUGAUUGCAUUACGACAUCUAAUCCAUGAUAGUAUCAGUGCAUGUUCCCUGAAGGUUAAUUGUAGACAUACAAAUCAAGGAUAGUGCUUAUCUAAAUCCUGUGGAAGGUGAGGAAUACCAAUUCAAAACUAAUGCAGCUACUUGUGUACAUAAUUCCCCUGGAUAGAUGUUCCCAAACACUAAAAUUCAUGUGUAAAAGGUGAAGUGAAUGAUGUAGCGUUAGUGAUAAUAUUUGUCAUUUUCAAUUUAAUUUUUUUUAAAAUAACGCAAGUCAAGAUUUGUGUUUGACAUGCAUUAGAGAAGUAUUUAAGGAAAAUAGGGGCUUGAAAUCAAAUUAGCAGUUUUCAGGUGAAUUACAUCUCAAUAUAAAGUCAUUUAGACUCACAUUUUUCAGGAUUAAAUUAAGGAAUUACUGAUAUUAUUUUUAAGUAAUCAAAGGUCAUAUAUUGAAUUAAUAUAAUUUGAAGUUAACAUAAUUUAAUUAAUUAAAAGCAUAACAGAAGUCUGUAUCAUUCAUCUCCUUUAGCUGAUGUUUAACUCAUGCAUUUGUUGGGGUUUUUUUGUUUGGUUUUCGCUUUUGCAGUAUUGUAAUUUCAAACUCUUUAAAAGUGCAUCACUAGAUUCUCUUCUCUUUCUGAAAUCAGGGUCCCACAUUUAGCUGUGAGGCAAAUCUUAGACCAAUCUGAGUAACUGAAAACCAUUAUAAAAUAUCAUUCCCUUUGCUAGAAUGAAGAUUUUGCAUACGGUCUCCAGAACAAGAUAAAUAAAGUAUUAGAGGGAUUCUGAUCUGUACAGGUGGAGAUCUGUAAGCAGUGUCUGUAUACAAUAGACUGAUACAAGUGGUCAUUAAUAAAUAAGUAAAUAAGUAAAUAAAUAAAUAAAUGUGAUGAUGUGGUGAUAUCUAACCAUCAGGGAUUCUCCAGAGAAAGAAAGGGUUUUGAUGGCGGUAAGUGGUAAAGAUGAUCAGAAAUGGAAAAGUCCUUCCUCAGAGAAAAGUCGUGGUAACAGGCGUUGUGGACAAACUACUGUAACCUGCAGAAUGGAUAGGCCACCAUUACUUGCAGAUUAUUUUUUAGUAGAAAAUCAAAAAAUAUUUAAAAGCAUUUAAAAAAGAAAAGCUUAAAAUUAUCAAAUACAGUUUUUGCACAACUAUUAUUUGAUUUAUUCAGAUCUUUGACAUUAAGAGCUUUACAGAAUUUAAAGUAGGACUGCAGUUUCACAUAUGUAAGUAUGGCAUGCAUAACCUUUCUAAAAACAAGAGUAACAGCACACAGAAAUCCCAUUUCAGCGCAAAAGCAAGCCUUUUGUUUUGGGGAUUAAAAUCAACUUUCCUCAAAUCAGAUAUUUGAAGAUUUGAUUAUUGUGUAACCGUUGAACAGAGGUUUCUUUGCACCUCUCUGUGUCAUUUGCUGCUUGCUGUGAUUAAGAGAGUCUGGAUGGAUUACACUCUGCAGUCCCUCUGCUUUUUCUCUGAGAAUGUCUUCUACAUUUCUGUCUUUCCGGAAGGGCCAUUAUAAAUACUUCAAAAUUAGUGUAGUUUACAAAGAAAGUUAUACAUGAGUUUACAGUUUAUUCCAAUUUAAAAAAUAUAAAAUUGAGUCAUUCAUUUACUUAAAAUUUUAUUACUAUGAAUAUUCUACUCCAUCCCUGGAGGCAUUCAAGGCCCAGGUGGAUGUGGCUCUGGGCAGCCUGGUGUAGUGUUUAGUGACCUGCACAUAGCAGGGGGGUUGAAACUCGAUGAUCAUUGUGGUCUGUUUCAACCCAGGCCAUUCUAUGAUUCUAUGAUGAUUCUAUGAAUUUGUUUUCCUAGUGGCAUGCUAGAUGAUCUCUAUAUAGAUUCCUUAGAAGUAGAUCCACCAAAUUGGAUUCACAACAGAAGAGUUUAAAAGUGGAAGAGAGUGUGUCUGGACUUGUUAAGUAUUUUGAGUUCUGUGUUUUCACACAGGGUUUUUAUUUUAACUUGAAUGACUCCACUUGCAUCUGCAUAUAUAUAUUUUAAAGUAUUAUGAGUAUUUUACAAACAGUAAUUUGAAAAAAAAAAGUGUUUCUGAUAUUCUUCAGAUAGAGACAUAGUACUAAAGCAAGCAGGAUUUGUUUAAAAGAGUGUUCUGAAAAUAAAUUCAGAUACUCAUAAUAGGACUUCAUAUAUGUUUGUACUGUUGUACUAUGUGUGUACACAUAUGCAUAUGGCUAGAUUAGUGGAGAAUUCACAUGGGUAGGUUUAAUGAAUCCAGAGAUAAAUUGCUUAAGAGAUAAAUUACAGUAUUUAUAGCAUUUCACUUCUAGGUCACUGAAUGGAAUUCAGUGGAAGAAGGCACCAAGAAGCAGUUUCAUGGAUCUGGAUAAGUAUCUCAUCCAUCUCAUGAGAUCUAGUGUUACCUUUAGAGAGUGCCAACUCUGAACAUUCAAACUUAUUAUUUGCUAGACACAGAAGACAAGAGUUAGGUUUUAAAUCUUUCAAAAUCAAGUCUGUGGAGAUCCAAUAAAGUGAGAAAACCUAGCAGUGAGAUGUGAGAUUUCCUGCUUCCAGUUGUUCUGUAAGUAAAUAAGAGAAGAGUUAACUUACUUUUGUCAUAGUCAAUCUAGUUGCUUUUAUAAAGAUGUUUUGCCUCAUGAUGUAUU